AACCAACUGUUAUGAAACAAAGUAGUGCAGCGCCGUAAAGCUGGUUCAGGGACACAGCACGGAUUCUCGGACAGGAGCCGUUGGCACGUAGCCCGCGUGCAUCUUUUCCCUGUUCACCGGUACCGGGGGCGAAGAAAUGCUUCUUUCUCUGGGCUUGACAUAGUCUUCACACCAAAGGGUGCCAGCUCGAGACUAACAUGGCCCCAAAUUCCAUCCACUGGUUCCGGAAAGGUCUCCGUCUCCACGAUAACCCGGCUCUGCGGGAGGCGGUGCGCGGGGCGGGCACGGUGCGGUGCGUUUACUUUCUGGACCCGUGGUUCGCAGGCUCCUCUAAUGUGGGGGUCAACAGGUGGAGGUUUCUCCUUCAGUGUCUGGAGGAUCUGGACGCCAAUCUUCGCAAGCUCAACUCUCGCCUUUUUGUCAUCAGGGGCCAACCAGCCAACGUGUUUCCACGGCUGUUCAAGGAGUGGAAGAUCUCACGGCUGACCUUCGAGUACGAUUCCGAGCCGUUUGGGAAGGAGCGAGAUGCUGCCAUCAAGAAGCUAGCUAUGGAAGCUGGGGUGGAGGUCAUCGUGAAGAUAUCUCACACCCUUUAUGACCUGGACAAGAUCAUUGAGCUGAAUGGCGGUCAGCCUCCUCUCACCUACAAGCGUUUCCAGACCCUCAUCAGCCGCCUGGACCCCCCCGAGAUGCCUGUGGAGACGCUGUCGGACACACUAAUGGGUUGCUGCGUGACCCCCGUCUCUGAGGACCAUGGGGAAAAAUAUGGGGUCCCCUCACUGGAGGAGCUCGGCUUCGACACAGAGGGUCUGCCGUCAGCCGUGUGGCCAGGAGGAGAGACUGAGGCUCUGACCAGGAUAGAGCGCCAUCUGGAGAGGAAGGCAUGGGUGGCUAAUUUUGAGCGCCCGAGAAUGAACGCCAACUCUCUGCUGGCCAGCCCCACGGGCCUCAGCCCUUACCUGCGCUUCGGCUGCCUCUCCUGUCGCCUUUUCUACUUCAAGCUCACUGACCUCUACCGCAAGGUAAAAAAGAACAGCUCUCCUCCACUCUCCCUGUACGGCCAGUUACUGUGGCGGGAGUUCUUCUACACCGCAGCGACCAACAAUCCACGCUUCGACAAGAUGGAAGGAAACCCCAUCUGUGUUCGCAUCCCUUGGGACAAAAACCCUGAGGCGCUCGCCAAGUGGGCGGAGGCUAGGACGGGCUUCCCCUGGAUAGACGCCAUCAUGAGUCAGCUGAGACAGGAGGGCUGGAUCCAUCAUCUCGCCAGACACGCCGUGGCCUGCUUCCUCACCAGAGGGGACCUGUGGAUCAGCUGGGAGGAAGGAAUGAAGGUAUUUGAAGAGUUACUUCUGGAUGCAGACUGGAGCGUGAACGCAGGCAGCUGGAUGUGGCUUUCCUGCAGUUCAUUUUUCCAGCAGUUUUUCCAUUGCUACUGCCCCGUGGGCUUCGGCCGGCGCACCGACCCCAACGGGGACUUCAUCAGACGAUACUUACCUAUCCUCCGAGGUUUCCCUGCCAAAUUCAUCUACGACCCAUGGAACGCCCCGGAGUCCGUGCAGGCGGCGGCCAAGUGCAUAAUCGGCGUCCAUUACCCAAAGCCCAUGGUGCACCAUGCUGAGGCCAGUCGACUCAACAUCGAGAGGAUGAAGCAGAUCUACCAGCAGCUCAGCCGAUACAGGGGACUUGGACUUUUGGCGUCAGUCCCUUCCACCAAUGGGAACGGGAAUGGAGGAAUGAUGAGCUACUCCCCAGGAGAGCAGCAGCCAGGGACCAACAACAUCAACAACAACAAUAACUCACAUUUGCCUGGAGUGUCAGGAAGCUCGGUUGCAACAGGUAAUGGCAACGGAAGCAUCCUCCUCAACUCUGACAGUGAAGAAGGCACUGGACCCAAUAGUCUCGGUCAACAGCAACGACUGCAGCAAAGCCAGCUGCAGCAUGGAUACCACUCAGUGCCAGACACCAGCCAGACCAUCACCAGCAGCCGACUCUACCAUGAGUUUGCUGUGCCUCAGCUCCCGGGAGCAUUCCUGCACACCAGGGGGGGAAUCACAGGAAAGCGGGAGCGCGAGUCGGAAUGUGAAGGAUCGGGAGAAGAAGACCCGUCGUCCUGCUCUGUGCAUAAGAUGCAGAGGCAGAGUGCAGAGACUACCUAACUGUGAGGUGGACUCCACAUUCGAUUCUACAUCUGGCCACAAAAAGGAAAGCCCAAAGUCGCCCCCUCGUGCCCCGAACGUUGGCGGCAGCUCCAGACACGACCGACUGGCCCUCAAACCCGGCAGAACUCUGACCACUGCAGGCUCCUCUGAGCUUUAAACAAAAAGGGGAAAAUGCGAAUUUUGGCUUUUAUAACACAGUCUCUAACAGGUCUAUAUUUGAAAAAAAAAUUCAAAAGGUAGUUUUUAGAGGCACACGUAUGUGCGUCAUAACAUUAAAAGAAAAUAGAUUUGUUACAAAGGCUAUUAUAAAAUGAAAAAAGCAUCAUUUUUGUCUUAAAACUGCUGCCACCAGCCAGUAUAAACUAUAUGGACACUAAAGAGCAGCUAUAAAUGUAAGUAGAAGAAUGUUUUUGCUUUAUCUGCUGCAAACAUCCAGCUCUUUGAAGCAAUAAACCACAACAACUAAAUCAGGGUUUCUAGAUUUUUCACAUUUCUGAGAACCCAAACUUGUAUUACAGGAGAAUCGGUCCAAAACGGCCGUUUUUGUUUCUGUUUAGGAAAAUGAAUUCGCUGAGCUGAGAGAAGCACCUGGAACGCCUGACAAACAGCCUGUCGUCGUUUCCAUGAACAAACUGCACAUUUCUAUCGCCAUGCGGGUUGUUGUGAAUGAACUUGACAGAUCAGUUUCUUCGAUCCGUUAGUGUGUGAUGUCGUUUUCAAUCCGGUUGGGUUAAAAAAAACUAUAAUAAAAUCAAUUCCAACUUUUUUUUUAUCAAUAUAAUCUGUUUUUCUUUAGGAUUUCUCUGUAGCUUAAUUGACACCACAUGUUUGACAUGUUUUAUAACGACAUAUGAAUAAGAAAAGAAGAUAUUAUGUGGAAAUGAAUCAGAACUGGUAAAUGGAUGCAGGGCAGUGAUACCCACUCAGCACAAGUUUAGACUGUUGGGCAAAGGAAGGGUUCUCCCUGAACGGGUCAUCAGUCUAUUGCAGGGCCCGAUUUGCACAACAGAAAAACUCUCUUCAACUGGAAGGCUCCAUAACUAAAUCAGCUUCCAUUCUUGGUCACAUUUACGGCGUGUAACCAGGGUUUAGCUGAACAAACCGCCACCGCUCACUCAGGCUGUAAAAGGAUCUCUGCCUUUCUCAGAACGACAUAGGAGUUUGUGUUUGGCCUGUUUUUGUUUCCUUCUGUCCAUGACGUCCAUCAUCAACCGCUCAGAGUUUAGUGUUUAUCUUUCCUGCUGACCGUUGAUUUUGGAUCUGCAAAAAAAGAUGACAAAUAAACAACGGUAAGCUGAAAACAACUAUUUUAUUUGAUAAUAAUUAGACAGCACGGUUUAAAAGUGAAGUGCAGUCUUCUACCAUUAAAGUGACUUUCAGAAUAAAAUGCUUGUAAGUGUAAUAAACGCAGACAGAAACAAAGAUGUAGGAUUAAAAAAUGAGGAAAAACAGUUCAGAACUGCUAGCAGAUCCUUUAUUUUUUAGUUAACUUUUUUCCCUUUUUGUGUUAUGUUUUAUUUAUUGUGUUUGUUAAUUGAUUUAUUUCAAUCACUUUCAUGAAUCCAGUUGAUUUCUUUAUCUUUUUCCUUGUGUUGAGGCUGAAGUGCAUUCAACGCCACUACUAUUUGCAGAAACACACCUCACUUUUGCUGGACGGCUUCUAAAUUUGUGUUGGACACAACUAAACCAACUGAGCUGUGGUGGUGCCAGGUUCACGGCUCAUUAAAAGGAGGGAAAACCCCAGAGGAUCUCCGUGGAGUCUCCUCCACGCUCUAAAGCUUGUUAGUUUGGUUUGUAAUACUUUAUAUCCCCCUUAAAAAAAUGUAAAUAAAAAGACAAACAUGAACGAAAACAGCAAAUGAAGUUAAGUCAGCCAUUUAUUGAUAUUCAUGUCAAAAAAAUCUUAGAAAAACACAAAUGAAAGAAGUAAAACUUCUACCUCUAAACAUUAAUAUGUAAUUAUUUAUACUCUUAAAUAAGACGUAUAUUGGCUUCUUUUAAAGCCCUGUUUAGUUGCUAUGGCAAGAAUAUAAAUAUGUACCUUAGAGACAAAAUGUUAGAUCAAUCAUAGGCAGAAAGCUCAAAGCUGUGGGUCAUUCAGCUGGAGUUUUACUAAGAUAAUACAAAGUCAUCGAGCCUGAUUCACGUCUGUUUGUGAGUCACUCACAAAAAACAGACAGGUUGCAUUUGUUUUUGUUGUUUUUUUUUCUUCUCUCCUUCGUCAUUCGCAUUUUCUCCUUUCUGUUUCUCCCACAUUUGCUCCCUGUAAACUAAAGAAAAGAGGAAGAACUUUUUGUUGUUUUUUUCUUGACGUGCGACCUGCUAGGACAACCAAACGGAGCGUGGCGCGGCAUGGCACUGCACGGUGUGGGGCAGUACGUGCGAUCUACAAGGCCAGGGACCCCAGGCAACUUGUUACAAACACACUUUUCUAAGAUUUCUUAUAAAAACCAAAAACUUGAAAACAAAUGGGUUAAAAAACAAAUCGGAUCCAUGAGUUGAGUUGAAAAAAUAAGAGCGUUUCAAUGAGCCUAAUUCUGUCGUUGCAGCAGAAUCGACAUUCCUCAGAGUUGAGAUGAACGUUUUGAUUCAUCCGCUGGACAAAGACUGGAGCUGGAUCUGUGAAUCAGACAGCUGUCAAAGAUUCAGAGAAGCUAAAUGUCCAUGAAAGAUGAAGGCAUUGGAAAGAUGAAAAGGGUGUCAUGUUGAGGUCAUGUACACCCUACACUAUUAUCUUUAAUUUUGCUGAGUGAAAAUGAACCAGAGAAUGUAUGACUCCCCCUCCCAUGUAGGAUACUCUCCCUGAUGUCCAUGCCCCCCCCCCCCCUUAACAACUGCAUCCAACUUUAAGUUCUCAGUGUCUCUUAACAAAAAGCUUUUUUUUAAAUCAGGAGGUUCUCUUUAGCAGAACUCCAGGCGUUUAAUAUGAAAGAGCUGCAGGAAGUGCAGCAGAAAAAUAAACAUGAUCAGUUUUAAAUCUGAAAUGCUGUUAUUCUGUAGUUGUUCAUAGCACCAAGAUGACUGUGAUGGUUGGACAGGCGAGAGCAGAUACAGUCUUGGACUGCCUUUUAACCCCCACCCUCCCUCCUAUCCACCCACCACCAAAGCUUCACAUCCGUCUGUCACGACAAACACCAGAAUCCUCGGUUCUCUUCUUUGCUGGUAAACUCUGGUUUGGGUGAAGCCUCAGCGACAUUUGUCUGUACAGUCCUGCAUUUAUCUUUGACCGCACCGCCUGCAGCCUCACAGCUGAUGCAGAGGGUGGGGGGCGAACAUAAACGGGAGGAAUUUUUCAAAAAAGAAACAAAUGUUUUACAGUUUGUGUAUUAUAAAUCUGUAUGUUCUAAAGAGAAUUUCAACCUAACUAGUUUUUUUGGAGCUUUUAUCACUAAAAUGACAAAUUCAAUCCUUUUUUUUUGUUUUGUUUCCCUUCUGUGACAUGAGGGUGAAGACCCUCACUCUGUCAUGUCUGUAUUAUGAUGCUGUCUGUUCUUGUGUUGUGAAUGGCUUUUUCUGUGCUUGACCACCUUCAUCAAAAGAAAAAUAAAACUUUUAAUGCUUUA